AUGCGCGCCGUUUCGCGCGUGCACGUUUGUAUCGCGUGCACGCUAGCUUCAUUCGCGUGCACGCCGGGUCCGCGCGCACGCUAUACACUGCGCAUGCAUCUGGUCCCCAUGAGGCAGUUACAGUGCCUCCUACUCCGGAGUGGCUUCCGGGUUUGUGCCGCGCAUGCGCAGUUAACGAGCGAUGAAUUCGCUCGUUUUGAGCAUGCGCGGAUAGGCGGUGACGUCAGAUAUGACGUCACACGCCUAUUUAAGCGCCAAACUUGGAUUAAAUUAUUACCUGAUGUCCUCAUUAGGUCUUUAGAGGACCUGUUUUCUUACAGUUCUCAAUUUGAAUUGCGUUUAUAUUUUACUGGAAAAUCUAAGAAGGUAAGCUUUACUUCUUAAAGGUAUAUACACAUUUUUUCAUUUCUUUACUCCUUUCUUUCUAUAACAAUAAGAAUUCCUUUUUUAGACUGUUCAUAAUCAACUCCAAAAUUGAAAAAGACAAAAGGAGAUCAAUUUCUUCUGAUUCAGACUCUUCUGGAUAUAAAAAUAGGUCACACUCUAAGAGUUAUAGGUAAGCCAUAUCACAUCAUUUUUUUUUUUUUUCCUUUACCGGAAUAUGAUACAUGAAAUAAAAGAGUGCUAAUAUGAGAUAUUUCCCUAUCAUGAUAGUUCUACGGGAAAGAAAACAGUGAGAUCAUCCAAAGGAAAAUCUCCAAAGAAAAAUCAAUGCGAAGCCUGUAACAAUAAACCGCUGGAAGGCAAACGGUUAUGUGCAGAAUGUUUAUCUGAAGCGGCUGGAACAUCUAAUCCUUCAAUGGAAUUUGUACAGUUCAUAAAACAAGCGGUGGCUCAAGGUAUCAAAGAAGCGGGGGCAAGUCACAAAAGACCCCGGUUACAUGAACCUUCGGUUAAUGAUUCGUCAGAUGAAUCCAUGGAUAUGGAAUCAUACCAGGGGAAUUUCUUAUCUUCAGAUGAAGAAGAAACUCAGGCCCCUGCAGAUUUUUUAGAACCUGCUCAGAUAGACCACCUCAUUUACAAAGUCCGUAAAUCUUUGAGCUUGAAGGAGGCAGUUGCAGAACAGUCAACCUCUUAUCGUUAUUUCUCAGACUUGAGAAAGAAAAGAGCUACCUUUCCAGUACAUGAUACUAUUAAGGAAUUAAUUAAAGACGAGUGGUCUAACACAGAUAAGAAGCUUUCAGCACAAGGCAGAAUAUCUCGCCUCUAUCCUUUUGACAAGUCUGAUUCAUACCAUUGGGAUAAUGCCCCUAAGGUGGAUGCGGCAGUAGUUCGACUCGCAAAACAUACCACAUUACCAGUAGAUGAUGCAGGCUCAUUUAGACACCCAAUGGACAAAAAGAUGGAUCUGCAUCUCUCAAAAGCUUAUUUAGCAGCAGGGACUGGUUUUCACCCUGCAAUAGCCCUUACUUCAGUGUCCAGGGCCUUAAAAAUCAGGAUCGAAAACUUGGAAGAAGAUAUCAGAGAUGGGAGAAACAGAUCUUCUCUUCUGGAAAGAUUAAAUGAUAUUAAACUGGCCGUUGACUUUACCUCAGAAUCCUCGGUGGACAUGGUGAAAGCUUUAGCAAGAAACAUGGCUCUUUCAAUUUCAGCUAGAAGAGCUUUAUGGCUGAGAUCCUGGUCCGCAGAUUCAUCAUCAAAGUCUAGUCUAUGCGCCCUUCCUUUUCAUGGUGAGAUGUUGUUUGGUAAAAAUCUAGACGAGUGCAUCAAAAGAGCUGCAGAAGGUAAAAAAGCCUUUCUCCCACAAGACCGGAAAACCCGUGGAUCCUUUCGAGCCAGAAGAUACUCUGAAUACCCCUCUUUUCGUGAUACCAGAUCUUAUAAACCAGGAAGAGAAUAUGGAAGAUCUAUUCCAUGGAGAGGAGGUCAUUCAUCCAACAGAGGAGGAAAGUCUAGAGGUUCCUCAUUUCACAAGAAGCCUUUAUGACAAACCCACCUACCAUUCUGGAGGAGUAGGUGCCCGUCUACUUCUAUUCCAGAAUAUGUGGAAACAUUCAACUCAAGACAGAUGGGUGCUGGAUAUCAUACAAAGAGGUUAUCUUAUAGAAUUCUCCACAAGGCCGCCUCCUCGCUCCUUCCAGAAGACAAUCUGGCCAAGAGAUGUAGAAAAAAGAGAUUCCCUAAAAAAGUUUAUCUCAUCCCUUCAAGACGAUGGAGUUAUUGUUCAAGUUCCAAGAGCUCAACGAACACAUGGGUUUUACUCCCAUAUCUUUCUCACCAGAAAAUCCACAGGGGGAUGGAGACCAAUAUUAGACCUAAGCAGACUAAACAAGUUCCUAAACAUAAGGAAAUUCAAGAUGGAGUCUCUUCAAUCCAUUGUAAAAGCAGUUUUUCCAGAUCAAUGGCUCAUGUCGAUAGACCUGGCAGACGCAUAUUUCCAUAUUCCCAUAGCACCCCAGCAUCAAAAAUUCCUCAGAUUCGCUGUAGAAGAGGGUCAUUUUCAGUUCCGUGCUCUCCCUUUUGGGCUAAGCACUGCUCCGCGUACUUUCUCAAAAGUUCUGGUGGUUCUCAUCGCAGAACUCAGGAAGAAAGGCAUUGCAGUAUAUCAUUACCUCGACGACAUCUUGAUUCUGGCAGAAAACAGAAAUAUAUUAGAAGAUCACGGCCUGAUAUGUAUACAGUAUCUUCAACAACACGGAGGGAAGAUCAAUUUUGCCAAAAGCAACCUAAAGCCAUCCCAGAGCAUGAUAUAUCUAGGAGCAGCAUUCAACACUGCAGAAGGUUCCGUCCAACUGUCCCCAGAAAGGGGUAUGAAAAUUCGGAAAAAGGUCAAAGACAUGUUAGCAUCCAGUGUUUCCUCAGCAGAGACAACUAUGAGCCUCCUGGGAUCAAUGUCCUCCACCAUAGGACUUACGAGAUGGGCCCAAUGGAGAAUGAGGCCUUUCUAAAGGAAUUUCCUUUCUCAAUACAAGGGCAAUCUGUCUCAACCUAUAGUGAUCCCUGCUCACGUACAAGAAUCCCUGAAGUGGUGGACCCAGAAAGAGUCUCUCUUCAGAGGUUAUCCCUUAGGAAACAUUCCAUGGAUCAUCAUCACCACAGAUGCCAGUCAAUGGGGCUGGGGAGCCCACCUUCAAGACAACUAUGUUCAGGGGAAAUGGGCAUUUUCAACCUCCGACACCCCUUCAAAUCUUCUAGAACUUCUGGCAGUUUUCAAGGCUCUAAUGCACUUCCAGCAACUUUUACUUCACAAAUGGGUCAAGAUCAGGACAGACAAUGCCACAGUUGUGGCAUAUAUAAAUCACCAAGGAGGGACAAGAAGUUGCAGAAUGAUGAAACUUAUGAAACCUUUGAUGGCCUGGGCUCAAAUGAAUUUGGAGAAUAUCUCUGCAAUACAUCUCCCAGGAACUCAGAACUCUGUGGCAGACUUUCUCAGCAGGGUGAGAUUAGACCCGGGAGAAUGGAGUCUAUCAGACAUAAUAUUUCUACAGAUCGUAGAAAAAUGGGGCCUUCCCCAGAUAGAUCUAAUGGCUACAAGCAACAACAGAAAAGUCAAGAACUUCUUUUCGAGAAUUCCAGAUCCCCAGGCCAUAGGAAGAGACGCAUUGACAUGCAGUUGGAACUUCAACCUGGCUUAUGCCUUUCCUCCGAAACCCCUCAUCUUCCCUCUGCUAAGGAGACUACGACAAGAGAAGACAUCACUGAUUCUAAUAGCCCCUUUUUGGCCUCGCAGACCUUGGUUUCCGCUCCUACUAAGUCUGUGCAAGAAGGAUCCAUGGCGCCUUCCAGUUGUCCCAUUCCUGUUACAUCAGGGUCCAAUUCAUCAUCCAAACCCAGCAUCCCUUCAUCUGAUGGCAUGGUACUUGAAAGGGAUGGGUUAAAGAACAAGGGAUUUUCGAGAUCAGUUAUCGAGACACUUCUUCAAGCAAGGAAGAAGUCCACUUCAUCCACUUACUACAGAAUAUGGGAUGUAUUUUCUUCAUGGGCCAGUUCAAGGCCCUUUGAUAUGUUGAACCCUUCAACUACUGACAUUCUUGAUUUUUUACAAUCAGGUCUAGAGAAGGGAUUGAGUUAUAACACUCUAAAAGUGCAUGUUUCUGCCCUCUCUGCUUUAACUAAUCAUAGAUGGGCACUGGAUCCAGACAUAGCUAGAUUUCUGACUGCAGUCCUCAAGAUCAAGCCACCCAUUAAGUCUAUUACUCCGCCAUGGGAUCUCCCUCUGGUCCUGAAGGCUCUUAAAGCAGAUCCUUUUGAACCUAUGGCAUCAAUUUCCUGUCAUCUUCUCACGAUCAAGACAGUUCUACUAGUAGCUCUAGCCUCUGGUAGAAGGGUUUCUGAUCUUCAGGCUCUUUCGGCUCGAGAACCUUUUACUAUAUUUCAUAAGGACAGAGUCGUCCUGAGAACGGUUCCAGAAUUCCGCCCUAAGGUAACUUCAGAGUUCCAUAUGAAUGAAGAAAUAAUCCUUCCAGCAUUAAGUACAGAAGAAUCUAAUAACAGGGAAGACGCUGAUGAUGAUGCUAUCGACCUAGUAAGAUGUCUUAAGAUAUAUAUACAAAGAUCCUCAGAAUGGCGUAUUUCGGAAAGGCUUUUUGUUAUUCCUAAUGGCCCUAGGAAGGGUCUGCAAGCUUCGAAAGCCACUAUCAGCAGAUGGAUAGUUUCGGCCAUUAUCCAAUCUUAUAGAUCAUCUAAAACUAGUGUUCCUGAAGGUUUGAAAGCUCAUUCUACACGUUCCCUUUCUUCAUCCUGGGCAGCUGCAGCAAAGGUUUCUACAGAACUGAUUUGCAAAGCAGCCACUUGGUCAUCUUCUAAUACAUUUAUUAGACAUUAUCGUUUAGAUGUAAGAGCUGGCCAAUACGAUGGAUUUGGCAGAUCAGUUCUUUCUGCCUCAAAGGAUUAACUACUAUUCUUUUUGUUCAUCACAUUGAAUUGUUUGUGACAAUACACUUGCAUUAUAUAAUAAUGUGUCUGAGUUUUUCUUUCCCUCCCUUGGUUUUAGCUUGGGUAUUACCCAUUGUUGUGCUGCCAUGGAUAUGGCCAGGAAAGAGAUAAAUUUACUCAUACUUACCGUAAUUUUCUUUUCCUGGUCAUAGGCCAUGGCAGCACAAAGGUCCCACCCAGGGAUAUUGCUGUUAACUAGACUGAGGGAGGAGGAGGUAGGAGGGGGUAUUUGUACCCUUAUUUUAAUUAGUUCCUGUCUAACUAGGGAUAGGGGAGGAGCUACCCAUUGUUGUGCUGCCAUGGCCUAUGACCAGGAAAAGAAAAUUACGGUAAGUAUGAGUAAAUUUAUCUCUAUCUGUGUGAAGUUGGAAAUGGGCUCCAGUAAUGGUAAAAAUUCCCAACAAAAUUCUGUAAAAUUUAAAUCAUCUAAAAAUGUCCCUAAUAGUGCUGCAUCACGUACUCCUCAAGUCAAGUCUCAGGGUCCUUGAUUAGGCCAAACUCCAUGCCAGUUUGUUCAAGAAACUAUUGGAGAUUACUAUGCUGAACCAUUUUGUACAAAUUUAGUUGCAUGGUCAGAGAAUUGUGAUACAGUGAUUUGUAAUCCAUGGCUAAGAGAGGGUUCUUUUAGUGAUUUUCAUUUGCAAAUGCCGAAAGGUAUAUGUAUUAUAUGCAUAAUGCAGCUUCAGGAUGGUUAAAGUGUGUUCAGUUAUGGGUUGUUCCUGAUCAGACUUCAAAGUAUGUUCAGGCUUCUGCAGCAUCACCUGCUUAUGUCCCUACUGUUGUACCAUUAUAUCCCAGUUUGGAUGAAUUAGAAAAAGAUUUUUCAGAAUAUUGAUACUGAUGAUAUUGAUAUUGUUUCUAUGUAGGCUGGAUCAUCUUUGGAUGACUUAGCUUAUUGGAGUAAAAUUUCUGUUACACCUGAUGCAGCUUCUGGUAUCCUCAAGGAUCCUAAAGGUCGCAUAGUAAUCCCUCAAGAUUCUUCUGUGUUACUCGUCCGACAGUUCCAUGGGUAUGGACAUGUCAGACGAAGAGGAGUAUUGGCUAUGCUAAAAGAAUGA